UGUUUCUGAGGAGCCAGUAGGGAGACUUCCUGGUUGGCUCUGCGGGGUUCUGUUGUCCCACCGCCCGCAGACCUUUCUGAACCUGAGGCCUUCACCAAGGCUCAGUCCGCGGCUGUAGUCGAAGACGAACAAAACGUCAACGACCCUCUCGUCCAAACCAAGGCGGUGGGGAGAGAGCGGGAGCCAAGCCGCGGAGAGCAGCAGCUGCGCGGCCGGGGAGCAGUGAGGCUAGCUGGUGCUGAGCUAUCAGGCGGAGCCGCGGUGGAGACUCCCACUCUCAGUUUGCUCUGCUUUAACCGCACGAAGCCUCCAAACUACGCCAAGAGUUCAGGAAACUUUUGUAGACAAACCUGGAGACUGUGAGCAUGUGGUUGGAGCCACAGGUCUUGUAGAAUGAAGAGCCCGGCUCACCGCACCAGGGACAUCGAGCGGCAAGCUGGCUACCUGAAGCCCGAGCACUGUGCCCCGCCCCCGCCCCGCAACAGCUCCGACACCAUGUGGUUCAUCCGCGACAGCUGCGGGAUCGUGUGCGGCAUCAUCACCUGGCUCCUGGUCUUCUACGCCGAGUUUGUGGUGCUGUUUGUGAUGCUGCUGCCGGCCAAGAACGUGGCCUACAGCCUCUUCAACGGGCUGAUCUUCGGGAGCCUCGGCUUCCUCGCCCUCGCCUCUCACGCCAGGGCCAUGUGCACAGACCCGGGAGCUGUGCCUAAAGGAAACGCUACUAAAGAAUUCAUUGAAAGCCUGCAGCUCAAACCGGGACAGGUGGUUUACAAAUGUCCCAAGUGCUGCAGCAUCAAGCCUGACAGAGCUCAUCACUGCAGUGUGUGUAAACGCUGCAUCAAAAAGAUGGACCACCACUGUCCCUGGGUGAACAACUGUGUGGGAGAGAACAACCAGAAAUACUUUGUCCUCUUCACAAUGUACAUUGCACUAAUAUCACUCCACGCUCUAGUUUUGGUCGCGUUACAUUUUGUGUUCUGCUUUGAAGAAGACUGGACAAAGUGCAGUAACUUCUCUCCACCAGCAACUGUCAUCCUCCUCAUCCUCCUCUGUUUUGAAGGUCUCCUCUUUUUAAUCUUCACCGCAGUCAUGUUUGGAACUCAGGUUCACUCCAUCUGCACCGAUGAAACGGGCAUAGAGCAGCUGAAAAAGGAGGAGAGACGUUGGGCCAAAAGGUCUAAAUGGAUGAACAUGAAGGUGGUGUUUGGACACCCGUUCUCUGUCACCUGGCUGAGCCCGUUUGCAACACCCGACCACGGCAAAGCAGACAUCUACCAGUAUAUAGUGUGAAACUCAGCUGUGGACCUCAAAGAGCAUGAACUUAUCUCUACUACAUAUACACGUUCUUUCAUUUAUUGAUAUUUCAGGGUAUUCUGUCUGAAGAUAUUAUAACAGUUUUCUAAAUAUUGUCACCUUUUACAUUUUAUGUUUCUGUUCCUCUUGGUGCUGACUGAGAUUAAUAAGGUAUAACUCAAACUAAGCAGCGACAGCUAAACAAGAGGCACUUAAUACGAGUCGGUGGAACGACACCGGAGUGAAGAGGCGGUUUCUGCCUCCUCCUGAGGAUCCUGCAUCAUUUCCCGCUUCCAAUAUUUAUCCAUGUGAACUGAAGUCCAGGAUGGUUUCGCACUGAGCUGCACAGUCAAGGCCACUUGUGUGUGUUUUGUCCCCCCCCCAACAUCAUCCUGAUCCUGUCUCAUCUUGUGUCUUUGAUAAUCGUCUUUUUACUUCAUGCGGAGGAGGAGCCUGCCUUAGAGCGUUACAUCGAUGAACUGUCUGCUGUUUGUUCAAGACAUUUACAUUCUUUUUGCCUUAAUGUGUCAGUCAGGGUGAGGCAGAUUCUCUUUGGUUAAUCAUUUUUUUUAUAUGACCCUGUGGUGUGGUUUUUUUUUUUUUGAAGCCAGAUGACCGUGGAUUUCCGGACACAUUCCCAUUCAAGUAAAUGGGGAUAGUUUGACUUUUGGAACCCUAUUUUGUAUCAACAGUAAAUGUACGUCAUCUGCAGUAAUCCCCGCCCACCUGGAGGAAAACACAAAUGAUAUGGAAGAGCAAUAGGAGAAAAUGUUGUUUUUUUUGUGGUCAAAGGCUGUCAUAUGGAGAGUAGCAUUAGCAUCAUAACACCUGUGGUUACUAAUGGUGGUUUAAUAUUCCAGCAAACACCUGUGGAUCAGCGUCAGAAAUCCAAUCACUGGCCAGUUCAUGUGUUUCAAAUGAUGCCAUAAGUUACUACGAUAAGACGUCACGCUGCACAUGGUGCAAGCACUUUACAUGGUGCAACGUAAUCGACGGUUCAUAAGCGGUAAAAGUGACCCAGUGUUUCACAGGUUGAACGCGUUUAAUGUGAAACAGCACAGCGUGAACUGUCCUCGUCCAUGUGAAAUUUAAAUUUUCCAUCCAUUACUUGGUUCACGGAGAGACAAUUGGAGUGGAAGAACAGUGGUUUGUGGCUUAGUCACAGAUCUGAUGGUGUCACCGUUUGUCUCAUUUAAACUGCACGUUUCUUGGAAAUCAAAAUUUUUUUUUCUCCAUCAAACUUUUCUCAAUAUUUGGCAUCAUUUUUAAUCAAGUUUUCCACCUCAGCUUAAGAGUGAAAACAGAAAGAAGUGGAUGGAAAUGCAUUUAUUGAGUUGGAUGUCAGUUAAUAACAGAUUGUAGUUUUAUUUUUCGGACAAUCUUACGGAUCAUAUGUCCGUUUUGUUUUAAAUAAUAAGAAGCAGCACUGGCAACACGUCUGUGCAGUAAAUGUAGACGCACUCUUCCUUUAUCACAGACACCAGCACAGAUAGAAAGUCAGAAAGUGAAGCAAUAUACCGUACAUUGACUCUUUGAAUACAAUGAUUGCUCUCGUUAAGUGAAAUUGUUUGUUAUUGAUUACAGAUUUGAGCCUGAGAAAGUGUUAAACAACAUUAAUUAACACUACUUCAUUUACUUUCACACUGAAAAAAAAAGGCCUUUACCCAGAUGUGUUUAAAAGCCUUAAACUCACAGUAUGUGUCAUGCUGUUCAAGAUGAUGGAAGGAGUCAGUGGAACCAAGUCUACGUGGUGCCAAACUGAAUGCUCAAUGCAGGACGGCAGUGAAGUGACCCAUUUUCAUUUGUAGAGCAUGAAUUGAAUUUUCUUAGGCUUUUAAAAUUCACUGGAGUUUUUAAACAUGUAAAUGUAAUGUGUGGAUGCGACAGUCGCAGUCCAGUUUACAUACAAGAAACACCAGCUUUCUUCUUUCUUCUUAUGUGUGUGUGUGUGUGCGCGGUAGCGUAAGAAAACUGCUUCUGUGGACCACGUUCUAUUUGAUUUUCUUUUGUUCUUUUUGACUGUGGUACAUUUCAGAGGGGAAUGAAAUAAAACUAUGUGAUCAUUUUAUA